AUGCCGUCAAACGGUUCUGCUACCGUCACCAAGACGCCCAAAAAGAAGACCACUCACACAGAGAACCAGGACGCCAACCCCAAACAUGACUUCUUCUGGACCUAUACCGAGGAGCCGCACCGCACCCGUCGACUGGCCAUUAUCAAGGCUCAUCCAGAGAUCACCAAGCUAUGUGGCCCUGAGCCUCUAACCAAGUACGUCGUCACCGGUGUCGUGACGCUCCAAAUCGUCCUCGCCUACCUCCUCCAGUCGACGUCCUUUUGGUCCUGGAAAUUCUGGGCUGUAGCAUACGUAUUCGGCGCCACCGCCAACCAGAACCUCUUCCUGGCCAUUCACGAGAUCUCCCACAACCUGGCCUUCAAGAGCCCAUUGGCGAAUCGACUCUUUGCCAUUGUAGCCAACCUGCCCAUUGCGGUUCCCUACAGCGCCGCAUUCCGCCCCUAUCAUCUCACUCACCACAAAUCCCUUGGUGUAGACGGCCUCGACACCGAUCUCCCCACCGCCCUGGAAGCCUUCUUCCUCGACUCCAUCCUCGGAAAGGCCUUCUUCUGCACCUUUCAGAUCUUCUUUUAUGCCUUGCGCCCCAUGGCCGUCUACCGCGUCCCCUUCUCCUGGGUCCAUUUCGUCAACCUCACCAUCCAGCUCUCCUUCGACGCCCUCCUCGUGCGCUACGCCUCGUGGAACGCAGUGCUGUAUCUCCUGCUGUCAUCUUUCCUCGCAGGUAGCCUGCACCCCCUGGCCGGCCACUUCAUCGCCGAGCACUACGUCUACGAAACCGUCACCCCUACGCAAAAGGACCCCAGCAACAUGGUCCCCGUGCCCGAGACGUUUUCCUACUACGGCCCCCUCAACUGGUUCACCUACAAUGUCGGUCUGCACAACGAGCACCACGACUUCCCUGCCAUUCCGUGGACCAGACUCCCUGCCGUGUAUGAAAUGGCCAAGGAGUUUUACGAGCCGCUGCCUCGUCAUGAGAGUUGGGUGUACGCCAUUUGGAGGUUCAUCUGGGACGAAAAUGUUGGUUUGAAUUGCCGUGUCAAGCGUAAAGAAGGUGGGCGGUUGGUCGGUGGUGCCGUGAACUGGAAGGAGAGUGAAGUGCAGGCCUAA